CCUUGACCUCUGACUUUCCCUCGUCGGGAAUAGAUCCCGAGAAGAACUAAGCAAACGUCAAAACGAAGCCCACCUUUCGAUCGCUGUCUUCGGCAGCGGGGCGGCUCGGAGCAAGCACAAGGAAGAACCAUUUCGCAUAACUGCUUCAUUUGUGGGUCGUACCUUUAAAAGCCAUUAUCGCCUAACGAGAAAGAUGGGCAAGAAAAAGAGAAAGGAGAUGAAGCCUUGGUGCUGGUACUGUGAUCGCGAAUUCGAAGACGAGAAGGUCUUGAUAGAUCACCAGCGUAUCAAGCACUACAAGUGUACAGAGUGUGGGAAAAAGCUCAACACUGCGAACGGAAUGGUGAUUCACAUGCAGCAAGUUCAUAAACAACCAUGCACGACUGUAAAUAACGCGUUACCCGGUCGUGAUUCGGUGGAUAUCGAGAUAUUUGGAAUGGUUGGUGUACCGGAAGAAGAUCUCCAAGCUCAUAUAAACAAAAUUCAAGGAGGAGGCAAUGCGUCCAAGAAGCAGAGGACGGACCUGGGCGCCCUCACACCCGAGCAGAUCCAAAAGCAGAUGGCGGAAUUUAAAAAGCAACAGCAACAGCUGACCGUCUUUGGAGGUGCACCUCAAGCUCCACCCGCGGGUAUGCAAGGUGGACCCCCGCAACCUCCAUAUGGGGCCCCGCAACCAUACCCCGGUGGUCCUGGAUUUCCUGGCGGAGGAUAUCCUCAACACCCACCUCCCUUCGGGUUCCAGCAACCGUACGGCGCGCCCCCACCCAUGCCUUACGGUAUGCCUCCGCCGCAAGGUUUCCCACACUUCCCUCCCUUCCCUCCGCGUCCAGGCAUGCCGCCAAUGAUGGGACCUCCUCCUGGCGCGCCAAUGGGUUUUCCACAAGGUCCGUAUCCAGGUCCACCAAAUCAAAAUGGUCCUCCGCCGAAUCUCCAGUGGGGCCCACGGCCACCAAUGCCUUUACCACCACGGCCACUUCCACCGUCUCAAGGUCCUGGAGCGCCGCCAUAUCAAAAUGGACCUCCUCCUGGACCUGGGUUUCCGCCCAAUGCUGGACCUCCUCCUGGGCCUGGGUUCCCGCCCAAUGCUGGACCGCCUCCCGGGUCUCAAUAUGGUGCGUAUAGCCAGCCACCUCCGCAUGUCAAUGUUCACAGCCCUGCCCCGGUGUCAGCGACGACCGUCCCAACGGACACAGCCGAGAACGCCACUAUGGCAUCGGUGGAAGCCAAGGCGCAGACGGUACCCGCACCAAAAGAACAACGUGGAACCUACUUGAUCUACUCGGAUAACGAGAUCUCGGUGGAGGAGAAGAGAGCACUGCAUCCCAAAUAUGCCUAUGAAGACGACGAAUAG